AUGAAGUGCGAGCAGGAAAAGCAGGCCACCUACAUCAAGGAAUUCCAGGGGGGACAGACGGAGCUGGAGAACCGCCUCGCCCUGCUGGAAAACAAGCUCAAAGGGUCAUCCCUACCGGGGGGCAGCACCGCAGACACAGAAGCCCCGAAGAAACCGGCCCUCAUCAUCGGGGGGUGGCCCGAUGAGCAAGCCUCAACGGUGACACUGCAGAAGGCGAAGGACAUCUUGAGACAGCUCGAGGUACCCCUCGACUACAGCGAGAUGUUUGUUCCCGGCCUCAAGCGUGGAUACGCUAUUAUACCGAUACCUCAGAAAUGGGGGGAAACCGAAGACCAGCGCAGAGAGGCGGUGCAGGUGACCCUCCAAAAGGUUCGCAACGCCAACGUGAUGCUGGGGGUCGGCCCCACGGGGGCACACAAGAAGCUUUGGAUGUCACUCUCACAAUCCCCAGAGCGCUGCAAGAAGUCCAGAUUGGCGGGGAAAGUCAAGCGAGCUAUGCUGGAAAUGGGGGCCCAGAUCUCUCAACUCGAAGUGGAGUUUUCGACAGGGACAGUGUGGUACAACUCCCAGCGCCUCAGCAGUGCCGUCAUGGAACUCCCCCAGCAAGCCGAGCGCGCAGGGGUCGGCUGGGUUCGUCUCGACCUCAUGGCAAAGACCCUCGGCAAAGCACCCCAUGAGGUGCAGGAAGCGUGGCGGGCCGCCCCUCAAGGGGGAAGCCCCCCACCGCUACUUGGCAUUGUCAGCUGGAACCUGGGGGGGCUGACCGGGGACAAAAUCCUGGAGCUCACCCAGAACUUUGCCGGGGACGUGGUGCUCAGUCGAAUUCAUGUUUUUCUCCUGCAAGAAGUAAUCACCGAAGUCGGCCUGUUUUUCGACUCUCGCUACAAAUGGAUUCUGAUCUUUGGCAAGAGCGAGGGAGCUUGGAGAGGAGAGGGAAUACUUUUUCACUCAUCUUUGGGGAUGCACCACCACAGCAAAGUUCACAAGCACGCCAUAAGCACCACCAUUCGACACCCACAUUCAGCCUCCAAGGCCAAAUUCAUCUCAGCACACCUUCGUCACCACGCCACAGCCGAGCAAGCAACAGCCCUGGUCUCAGAAUGGGGCGCACACAUGCCCAAGCACAAAGCAUGGAUCGGGCUCGACGCCAAUGAGACCUUUACCGUGACCCCCGGGGGAGCCCCGAAAGCACAUACCAGCAGAGGCGAGGAGCUGUUACAUGCCUUUGCCUUGUGGAAGGUCGGCCUGCCACCGCAGAGCAUUGCCACACCCACUUUCCAUCCCUACAACACGGCCAUGCAAUCCAGACGGCUCGACUACCUCCUGCAGAAAGGCUACCGAGCCGAGGAAGGGGGGGUCCACAGUUGCAGACACCAAGCAGCAUCAGACCACGACGCGGUCUGGACAGUGGUUGCCGGCGCGCCCGCAGCCACACACACCAAGGUGAGCUGGGGACCUCGCCGACUCGCGGGGGAUUACCAACAAACGCUGGAUCACAGACCGCCCCAGCCAUGCAGCGACCCACUCCAUGAGCUUCAGCAGGUUGCUCUUGCAGUCACGGUGCCCGGGGGGGGGGCUGACCGCUUCCAUGAAAGCCACCAAUUGCGAGCCCAACGGCGAGCAGCUCAGCGGCUUGCGCCCGGGGGGGCCAGCGCACGUGCAGCGUGGAAAAGCAUCAGCAGAGCCAGGAAACAAGAGCAACGAGCAUGGCAACACCACAACAUCCAACGUGCAAGCCAAAUGGACUGGCGAGCGAAGCGCACACUCGACCAAGCAAGCACAAGGGCCGGCUGGGAGCACCACCUGCUGGAUGACAUCCACUGGCAGAGCCAUCUACGACAGCACUUCCAGAACAUCUUCCACAAAGUACCACAGCAGAGCACAGCAGCCCGACUACAAACCCUCCGACAUGCUCUCACAGUGGCAUGCAAGCAGCACAAGUGGAAGCCGUUCGACGAAGCCGAGCUCCUUGAAGCGACUGCCGCAUGGCACAAGGGGAAAUCCACAGGGCCGGAUGGCAUUUCGCUAGAAGCACUCAAAGUGCUGCUCCAAGAUCCGGCAUGGGGGGGGGGACACCAGUUGCAAGAAGGGGACACCUACCAAUGGGCGCGGAGGGGGAGGCAAGGCACCGAGCUACUGGUGGUUCUCCGCCGUGUGAUGCGCAUGGCCCGGGGAGCAUUUAUGGAUGAUACCUACCUCUGGUCACACAACAAAGACCACUUGCAGCGAGUACUAGCAGAACUAGAAGUCCGGCUCGCCAAGGAUGGCCUGGCCAUCCAUCCAGGCAAAACAGCAAUCCUCUUCAGUGAGGAGACAGGGGGGGGGUCCUUCCGGAUUGGAGGGGAAACUGUGGACUGCCAAAGGUGGGGGACAGAGAUCACUGCGCUAGGCUCCCCCCUCACCUUCGCCGAGCCCGUGGCAGCCAUCACCUCAGCCAUGAACCACCGAGCACGCAAAGCCUUCAGCAAACACAGCAAGCUGCUCCGCGCCAGAACACCGAUCAAAGCCAGAAUCAAAAUGCAUACCACAUUGGUACGCAACGCUGCCCUGUGGGCCAGCCAGUCAUGGCCCAUCGUGGAGACCCUCCACAAAGCAGUCAACAGCACACAGCUCCGGCAUAUACGCACCAUGCUAGGGGACAGCCGCCAGCCCGCCGAGACCUGGGUGGAGUGGAAUGCACGGAGCAUGCGACGAGCCAGAGUCAUACUCUACCAGUCCGGGGAGCCCCGCUGGAGCACCUUCCUCCUAGGGCAAACCUGGUGGCUCUACGGACACAUGGCCCGCUCCACCCAGGGGGGAGCAGAGAUGCUCCAGUGGAAAAACCUCAAAUGGUGGAAGCAGCAGCAGCAGCAGAUCGUGGCAGUGGGAGGUCUGGAUUGGAUGAGCAUUGCCCACGACCGCCAAGCCUGGCAGGAGCUCACACACACUUUCAUCCACCAGUUCGACGUGCCAUGGGCCACAGGCAAGCAAGGCAGCAUUGGCAACAUCGCACCCAACCGGGGGAAGAGCAAGCGGUCUGCCCCACCAGUGAAGCGUCAGCUGAGAUACAGGGGGGGACAGCAAGCACUGCCCGCGGCCCCAUGA